UGUGUGUUGGGGGGACGCCAGCAGGUUGGGCCCUAAGCCUUUCAUUUCUGAGAGCCCUGGCCCCCUGCACAUACUCCCCUCCCCUCCCUCUUUCUUUCUCUCCCUCCCCUCGAGUUAGGGAUCAGGUCAGGCUCCGUCUCUCCUCCAGAGGGAGACUGCCUCUGCUGAGACCCAAACCUCACAGGCUGCUAGCGGUAACCCAUGUGCGCCCCCAGUGCCAGUGGGAAGGAAGACCCCUCCAGGCGGGCCUCCAGAGCCCCGCCCCUCCCGCCUACCUCAGGGCCCUUGGCGCUGCAGACCCAAGUGGGAGCUGUGCGGAACUGAAGAGGUUAACGAGCAUCUGCCUCCGAAUGUGAAUGUGUCUAGGUGAUGUCAGUGGGAGCCGGGAAGGAGGGAGUCGGGAGAGCAGUGGGGCUUGGAGGCAGCAGAGGCUGCAAGACUGCCAAGGAACCCCCCCAACCCCCCAACACGCACACACACCACCGCCACCAGCUCCUUCUAGACUGCGGAUUCAGGCGCUGGGACAAGGCAGCGGGCGCUGGAGGCUGCCGCAGCCUGCGUGGGUGGGCGGGCAGGCGACCCGCACCGCACCGCCACCGCAGCAUGGACCUGGAAGCCUCGCUGCUGCCCGCCGGCCCCGGCCCCAAUGCCAGCAACACCUCGGAUGGUCCGGAUAACCUCACCUUGGCGGGGCAGCCUCCUCGAAUAGGACAUGUCUCCUAUAUCAACAUCAUUAUGCCUUCAGUGUUUGGCACCAUCUGCCUCCUGGGCAUUGUGGGAAACUCCACGGUCAUCUUUGCAGUGGUGAAGAAGUCUAAGCUACACUGGUGCAGCAAUGUUCCUGACAUCUUCAUCAUCAACCUCUCAGUGGUGGACCUUCUCUUUCUCCUGGGCAUGCCCUUCAUGAUCCACCAGCUCAUGGGCAAUGGUGUCUGGCACUUCGGAGAGACUAUGUGCACUCUUAUCACAGCCAUGGACGCCAACAGCCAAUUCACCAGCACCUACAUCCUGACCGCUAUGGCCAUUGACCGAUACCUGGCCACUGUCCACCCUAUCUCCUCCACUAAGUUCCGGAAGCCUUCUGUGGCCACCCUGGUGAUCUGUUUGCUGUGGGCCCUUUCUUUCAUUAGCAUCACCCCUGUGUGGCUCUAUGCCAGGUUAAUUCCCUUCCCUGGGGGCACGGUGGGCUGUGGCAUCCGCCUGCCCAACCCUGACACUGACCUCUACUGGUUCACUCUGUACCAGUUUUUCCUGGCCUUUGCCCUGCCCUUUGUAGUCAUCACGGCAGCAUACGUGAGGAUCCUCCAGCGCAUGACAUCCUCAGUGGCCCCCGCCUCUCAACGUAGCAUCAGACUGCGGACAAAGAGGGUGACCCGCACGGCCAUUGCCAUCUGUCUGGUCUUCUUCGUGUGCUGGGCUCCCUACUACGUACUUCAGCUGACCCAGUUAUCCAUCAGCCGCCCGACGCUCACCUUUGUCUACCUGUACAAUGCGGCCAUCAGCUUGGGUUAUGCCAACAGCUGCCUCAACCCCUUUGUGUACAUAGUGCUCUGUGAGACAUUUCGCAAGCGUUUGGUCCUGUCGGUGAAGCCUGCGGCCCAGGGGCAGCUUCGCACUGUCAGCAAUGCCCAGACAGCUGAUGAGGAGAGGACAGAAAGCAAGGGCACCUGACACCUCCCCUGUCACCCUGGGCACCUCUGAGUCAGGACACCACAACCAACCCUAGGGAGAGAUGCUGAGAAAAGCCAGAAUGGCUCUUGGAGGAUGCAGGGAGGUUGGGUGGUAAAGGGGUAUUGUAACUAAAAACAUUUCCCAGGGCCUGAAAUUGCCAGGGGAGGUAUGGGGCUGGGUUGGGGAUAGGGGUGGGGGUAUGGAUAUCAGAGAUCCUCUUGGCAGAACAGGAUGAGCUCUUUGAGUGGAAUGGAAACUGAGCAAGAAUAUUUUGGUUUGAAAGUUCAGUUGUGUUCUAUACUUGUUAGCUUCCAAAUAUCUUUAUUCUUUUCCCCUAUGAGAAGGUUGGUCGAUUUAAAAUCAGAACCAGGUUGUGAGCCACAGGCUAUGCCACAGAGAGCCCUGUGUGCCAAGGUAGGGUGGCCUCAGAGCUCUAUUCCGCUUCUCAUUGACAUCAUGGAGGGGAUCCUUUCUCCCAAGGGGGAGGCCGAUGAGGAAUGAUGCUUGCCAUGUCUCUGUGUUCUAGCAUCCUGUGUCAACUUCACUUUAUCUUGUGGGGAUGCAUGCUUAUUUUGGGGUAUGAGACACUGAGCCCUUAGGAUUAAAAGCUCAAUUUUCUAGGAGAUCUACUAACUGCAAAUACCAAGACUUCCUGGUGUGUAUGUGUGUGUGGGGUCUUUCAGUUAAGAAAAAUGGGGAGGGAUGGGGGGGUGCAGCUGUGGGGACAUUGUCUCUGUGGGACAUGUUUGUCAGUCAUCAGAUCCAAAGUGUCUUGCACAUGCAGGGGUCAUUCAAAUGCCUGGUGUGUUGGCAUCAUCUUUUCAUGCUCGUCCUUUCUCUCCCCCAAUAAAAACUGAUUAAGGAAAAUUG